CAGCCAUCUGUUGCACAAGGCAUGCAUGAGGACAGCUAUUGUUGCAGGAUUCAACACAAAGGCACAGCAGUGUUUACUGUGUGAUGAAAGAAGGAAGAUACCGUCCCUUUUACAUACUCUUUAAUAAUCUGUUUGAUCUUAUAUAAACACACAUACUAAACAUGAACUUAAAGCCCAUAGUAGCUACGUAUGUCAUCAAUAAUGUUUCUGCUAAACAGGAGAGCAGAUUUAAAAGGGUGGAGUUCAUGUCAAAGGUUAAUGAGCUGAACCGUGAAUUUGCCCUGGUGAUUUUAUCCGUCACAGUGAGCGCUCAGGGAAAUGAACAAGUUAAUGAAAUGAGCGCAGGAAGAGGGGGUGACAAGUGAUCAACAUUUUAACAGUUGACUGGAUGUGAAAAAGGGACCUGGGCUUCGGACAGGAAGGAAAGCAAUCUGUUAUUUAGAAUGAAAACUAUUAGAUUAGAGUGAAAUAGAUGAUAAAUUAAAAAUUGGUGCAAUAGCACACUUUUAAUCUUUAUUUAAUUUAUUUUAACUACUGUCUCCUCCAUAAAUUAUAGUGGGCCAUUAUUAUAUUUGCCCUCAAUAUAUUCAUUAUAAACUAGUUAAAAGGAACCACAUAUGAAUAUGAGUGCUGACCUUUGGCCACUUGUUAUACUGGUGUGGCAGUUAUAAAAAUGAGCAGUAGGAGAGGCUGUUUUUAAGAAGCAACAUGGAAUUCAACAGACUUCUGUAUGAAGCUCUUCCUGUUUUAUUCCUUGUAAUCGGUGGAUAUGGAGAGCACAUCAACAAUGGACCUCUUCUGAAAAUGGAUCAGGCUUUGCUCACAUUUCAUAACCAGCUGACGGAAGAAGUACAGGUUUUCUACACAUCAGAUUACUGCUACAAGUGUGUAUACCAGCCUCUGGUCUCUCUAAAGCCCAACAACAAAAAUGCAUCAGCACAAAUCAGCACUAAAUUCACUCUGACGAUUCAGGUGGAAUCACAAACCAGGAAUAAAACUCUGUGCAGGUGGGAUCAGACAUAUAUGGAAGGCGGUCAUUACUCCAUUUGGAUCAUGCCGGUGGCCUUCAAUAAUCCUAUCUGCAAUCUUUAUGUGGAUAAAAGGCCAAAUAAUCCACACCUUCCUCUUCUGGUGGCAGCUCUCCUGAUGGCUUUAACUGCUCUCUUAUUUGUUAUGGUGCCCUACAUCUACAGGAAGCGCUGUACAUUAACAUUUAUUAAAACGAUUUGCUGCCGAGGCGAAAAGUACUCUGUGGAUAAUGAAGAUGCACAUGCUCGUGAAACUGCGCAUGGUACUGGUGAAGCUAAACCAUCACGUCUGCUCUCCCUGGACACUUUCCGAGGGUUUUCCCUCACAGUGAUGGUGUUUGUGAACUAUGGUGGAGGAGGCUACUGGUUCUUUCAACACGCACCUUGGAAUGGUCUAACUGUGGCAGAUCUCGUCAUGCCAUGGUUUGUGUUUAUAAUUGGGACUUCAGUGGUUUUGGCUUUCAACUCCAUGCAGAGGAGGGGAGUUGGCCGCCUGCAGCUGCUGCGAAAAAUCACCUGGAGAACAGUCGUACUUGUGAUGCUCGGGUUCUGCUUUCUCAACUACUCUCCGAGAGAUGGACCAUUGUCCUGGUCCUGGCUUAGGAUCCCUGGAGUUCUGCAGCGUCUGGGCUUCACCUAUUUUGUUCUGUCUCUCCUUCAGACUUUCUGGGGCCAGAAAGAAAUCCCAUUGAGAGUGCAUCACUGGUGGAAUCCUGUCCAGGAUGUCUUUCUUUACUGGCCACAAUGGCUGAUUAUUAUCCUGCUUGAGAUUUUGUGGCUGUGCAUCACUUUCCUCAUGCCCAUACCCAACUGUCCCACAGGGUAUUUGGGACCUGGUGGAAUUGGUGAUGACGGCCUUUACCCAGACUGCACUGGAGGUGCAGCAGGAUACAUUGAUCAAUGGAUCUUUGGAGAUAACAUGUACAGAUACCCCACUUGCAAAGAAAUGUAUCACACUGUGCAGCCCUUUGACCCUGAGGGGGUUUUGGGUACAAUCAACUCCAUUGUAAUGGGAUUUCUGGGGAUGCAGGCAGGGAAGAUUAUCAUUUUCUACAAGAAGAAGAACGUCCACAUCCUCUGUCGAUACCUUGUGUGGGCCAUCAUCCUGGGAAUCUCUGCAGCCAUCCUUUCUAAGUGCACACGAGAUGGAGGAUUUAUACCUGUCAAUAAAAACCUUUGGUCGUUGUCCUAUGUGGUGUGUAUGGGCUGUUUCUCGUUCCUGCUGCUCGGAGGCAUGUACUUUGUCAUUGAUAUCAAAGGCUGGUGGGGUGGACAGCCUUUCAUAUACCCAGGGAUGAACUCCAUCUUUGUGUAUGUUGGCCACUCUCUCCUUGGUUUCUACUUCCCUUUCAGCUGGGAAAUGCGCUUCCAGGCGAGUCACUGGGAGUUUCUACUACAAAGCCUAUGGGGAACUGCUUUGUGGGUGCUCAUCGCCUACUUACUGUACAGAAAGAAAUUUUUCCUCAAAAUAUAAGAAGGAUAAUUUGUCCAACCUUUAUUUUCUAGAUGCUGUUAUUUCGUUUUAACACUGUAAGAAACAAUAAUAAUGAUUGCAGGUUUUAUAGAUUAUUCUAACAGCUGGGACUUUGGCUUAUUGUUCUUGGCUUUUAUGUCCUACCUACUGGUAUUAAACAGUAUGUUUGAAUGAA